AUGACUGCGAACGCUGCAUUCGCGUAUGCAGAGCCAACGACCACAACUUUACUUAGUUGGACAGGACUCCUGCUGUCCCUGAACUUGAUCAACUUUGCUCUAGAUAAAAUCAUAUACUGUGGUUUAAUCGGCCAAUUAUUUAUCGGUAUUCUGUGGGGUACACCGGGCGCCAAAUGGUUGGAUACCGAGACAGAAACAGCCAUCCAGCAAGUGGGAUACCUAGGUCUGAUACUUUUGGUUGCAGGUGGUCUUUCAACCUCAAUAAAAUCUGUCAAGGCCAAUCUUCUCCUUUCAAUAUGUGUUGCAGUCACGGGAAUCGGUGCACCCAUCGGCUUAUCAUUCAUUUUGAGGGAUUUGGUGUCGGCAAGCUCUGUCCAGGCAUUUGCCGCAGGUGCAGCUCUCAGCUCUACAAGCCUGGGAACUACUUUCACCAUUUUGUCUAGCACGAAUCUCAUCACUACGCGUCUUGGAACGGUCACUACGACUGCUGCAAUGCUGGAUGAUGUUGUCGGACUGGUGAUGAUCCAGGUAAUCUCCAACCUUGGUGACACAGGUGCAACCUCAUUCAAUCCCAUCACCGUUAUCCGACCGGUAUUUGUGUCUAUUGGAUUUGCGCUCGGUACUUUCCUUGUGUGUGCUUUUUGUCUUGGGCCAACCAUCAAGAAGAUCUUGACGGCAAAGAACAAGAUACCAGAAUUUGUGACAACGAUGCAAUUUGGGUUCCUUUGGCACACGGGGCUUUUGGUCGGGAUCGUUGCGGGGGCUUCCUUCGCGGGGACCUCGAGUCUCUUUGCUGCCUAUCUUGCGGGUGUCAUUGUAUCUUGGUUUGAUGGUUUAGCUGCGGGGUCAAAUGAUGCAGUUGUGGCGGAUGCAUCUCACUCGGUGGAAACACAUCUGCAGGAUUUGCAAGUCAAAGAAGUGCCGACGGGCAUGAAUGUGUAUGAGAAGUACUAUAAGGAGCCCGUGGGCCGAAUUCUGACUCCCCUAUUCUUCGUCAGUAAAUGCUCUGUUGCGUCGAUUGGGUUCGCAAUUCCCAUCACAGAGAUGUUCCAGGGGAGUAUAGUUUGGCGGGGGGUCAUCUAUGCUCUUCUGAUGACAUUUGGGAAGAUGCUCACAGGCAUAUGGCUCGUGCGGUUCUCGACGAGUGCAAGUGGCAUAUCAAAUGUGCUGAAGGCGAUUCGAAAACCGUUCAGUUACAUUCACUAUGUUUGCUCUCGAACCCCUCAAAAACAAUGCCCCCCACGAGACAUGUCUAAGGAGGUCCAAUUAACAAGAUCCACCCCAGGGUCGGGCCCGACCCCGAGCCCGAGCAACGCUAGGCCAACGGCCCACAAUAGGGGUGAAGACACCGCUCCGUUCGAUAGUAUCCGUACGGAAGCCCUAAAUGAGGGACAUGAAGUACCCACUCAGACUAUUGAAUCGACACCGACAGGUGUACUCACCCCUAAGCCGAAAUCAUUGUAUCCGGCGUCCAUCUUGGGUCUGGCCAUGGUCGCGCGAGGAGAAGUUGGUUACCUGAUUGCAUCUGUUGCACAAAGCCAGGGAAUUUUCACAUCUGCAGGAUCAAGUAAGGGGACAUCGGAGAUUUAUUUAGCGGUCAUCUGGGCGAUCACGAUUUGUACAUUGGUUGGGCCUAUUUGUGUAGGGACCCUUGUUCGAAGAGUUAAGACUUUACAGGGCACUAGAGGGAAUUCUGGGGCGGAUCCAUUGGGAAUUUGGGGAAUCUAA